ACUUUUUACUGCUUUCGGUUAAGGCCAACCUCUUCAGUUCGAUGGGAUCAUAUCUAGGAUUGGAUAGGGUUCAGAAAUCGGCUUCCGGAGUCCUGCAUUGGAUCGAACAGAUAAAUUACUGAUUACUCCUGUUACUUCAACAACUUUUCAUUCUUCACGCGAAGUAAGAAAGGGUGAGAUCUAGGCGGUUCAUCUCUCAAUGGCGAAUUCCUCGGCCGAUAUGUCAGUCAGAGAACCCAUUACACAUGUCAUCUUUGAUAUGGAUGGUCUCUUACUGGACACAGAGAAAUUUUAUACUGAAGUCCAAGAACUUAUACUUGCUAGAUUCAAUAAAACUUUUGAUUGGUCUCUCAAAGCAAAGAUGAUGGGGAAGAAAGCAUUAGAAGCAGCUCAUGUUUUUGUUGAAGAGACAGGGAUAAGUGGAUCUCUUUCUGCAGAGAAGUUUCUUGAGGAAAGAGAAGAGACACUGCAGAAGUUGUUUCCAACUGCUGAGCUUAUGCCAGGUGUCAGCCAUUUGGUUAAGCAUCUUCAUGAAAAUGCAAUACCAAUGUGUGUGGCAACGGGUACUCUUAGGCAUCAUUUUGAAUUGAAAACACAAAGACAUGGUGAAAUUUUUUCAAUGAUGCAUCAUGUGGUUGUUGGUGAUGAUCCCGAAGUUAAAAAAGGAAAGCCAUCUCCAGAUAUUUUUCUUGCAGCUGCCAAAAGGUUCAAGGGUGGUCCUCUGGAUCCUCGUAAGGUUCUUGUGUUUGAAGAUGCUCCCUCAGGAGUUGCUGCAGCUAAAAAUGCUGGGAUGUAUGUAGUUAUGGUCCCAGAUCCAAGAUUGGAUAGUUCUUUUCAUGAAGCUGCUGAUGAAGUUCUAAGUUCAUUGUCUGAUUUCAACCCAAGCAAUUGGGGCUUGCCCCCAUUCAAAGAUGUUUCGAGCUAAAGUCGCAUGUCACAUCUACCAACUUUAACAUUUUCUGUUGUCAGUAGAGAACAAUCCAUUGAUUAUCUAGAGCAUUAGGAAACAUAAAUAAAAAAGAUCAUUUAUCAAGAUUUGCUAAAACAGUGUUUUUUAUGACUAUUUUCGAGGUUAAGUGAAGAAAAUGUGUUAGACACUCGACACUAAACUUGCUUUAUCUGUUUAAUUGACUGCAUCAUUGAUUAUUUUUGGAAUGACA